GUUGUUCUGGUGACCGCGCGCCCGUCUCAGAAACACUCCACCCUCGAACGAAUCGACCAGCUUUCACGCCAUGAAAUUGCACAUUUUAUUGCUAACGGCACUUCCCAUGUGCCUAGCUGAAUUCUCAAUUCAGGGGCCUAGCGACGGACACCGACGAGCUCAGGGUCUUAAGUUCAGCGAAGAGAAAGGACUCCAAUACACAGACGCGAGUGAGGGAGGGGGACCGGGAGACUUCACCAUUCAAGGCGCGACCGACGCUAAUAGCAAUUUCAGGAUCCAAGGUGCUACGGACGGGCAUUCGAACUUUCAGAUCCAAGGACCCUCGGACGGUGGAUCGGCCACUUACAACGUACAAGGGCCGAUCGAUCGAUAUGGUCAGCCCACAAUACUCGAGGGAGCUUACGAUAAUCAGGGUGGGAAAGCGCUCCAGUACGACGAUCCCAGCGGUUACAGAGUGAACUGGAGAUCGUACGAUCGUCAAACACGUCCGCAGGCUCAGGCGGAGCCGCAAUACGCGCCGCAAACCGUGGCGCCGAUUUCGCGACCCCGACAGCGAGCGCAUCAAGCGCGAGCGCAACCGCGACCGCAGCCGCAACAGCAACAGCAACCGGAACCACUGCCGAAUUACAAGCCUUACUCUAAUGCACCGCCACAGAUCCAGCAACUGCUCCAGUUCCAGCAGCAAAUUCCAUACAUCAAUAUAAUUCCGGAACCAUAUAGAUUCGACGAAGAGGCUGCGAUACGGGCUCAAUCUCAGCAGGUUCAAGAACAUCUCCGGAAAUUGGCGCAAGAGGCAGCGGCUGCACCCUUACCCGAGCCCGUACUCGCGUCAAGACCGUCUGCUGCACCGCCUGCGCCUCGUCAAAAAUCACGCGGCCACCCCAGAAGCAAACGUCAGGCUCAGCAGUACCGUAGUUCCCAGCCGCCGGCGGAGCCGCAGCCUCAAUAUUCGCUCAAUCUGCCGUCUCACUUGCGCGAACUGUUGAAAUAUCAGGCGCAAAUACCGUACAACAUUAUCGCUAACCAGAUCACGUACCGUCCGGACAAGCCGUACGUGCCGCACCGCGUGGAAGCGCAACAGCAGCAACAGCAGCAGCAGCCGAUACAGCAAGCUCAGUACCAAGGUCAGGGUGGCGCCUACGAGGGUCAGGCCAGUGCGUACACACAGGCUGGCAUACAGCCGGCGUACAAUCAGAAUCAGCAGUAUCAGCAGCUCGGCUAUAAUCAACAACAGCCUGGCGUAAGACCUGUCACCGAAAAUCAAUACUGAUCGCCUUGGACGAAGCGUUUUCAUCACUAUGCUUCCCGUUUGUUUCAAUUUGUGGAACGAGUCCUUCUAACAGGACUGAAUUCUAUUCUAUUAUGUGAUAAAUUACGCCACGCUUUUAACAUACAGAUUGAUUAUUAAAGAAACAAAAUAAACUUUUUAGAUGAUGGUAUGAGUAGACAUUACUCAUAUCUUGGAAAUUUAGUUAUUAGAUUUAUAAAGAGAAUUAGACUAAGAAAAUCACAUAAGUAAUUUGAAAUCUUCUUAUUUUAAUGUAAUAACUAUUAAAUAAGAUAUCUAUAUUUGAAGACUACUGUAAUUAACGGUUUUCUUAUAGAUUAAGUUUGAUAUUAUAAAAUUACAAAAUAAAUAUGUCUAUUUUUUACUUUCUAA